AACGCACUUGCUGAGUGUGCCCUGUUGGGUCGCUCUACCGGUGCGAUGGCUGCCGUGGACUGCAUCGUAAAGUUAGGAGGCAGUGCACUGACGCAGAAAAACCAGCUGGAGACGCUGAAAGCGGAGUCCUUGCAGAGGGCGGCUGCUCUAGUGCAUCAGCUCUACGCGGCAGGAGGGAGGCGGUGCAUUGUCGUGCAUGGCGCAGGGUCCUUUGGACAUUUCCAAGCAAAAGAACAUGGCGUUGCCUCUGGAACAUUGGCAGGAUUCGCUGCAAGUGACAGCUUGAGACGAGGGCUAUGUUUGACCAGGCUUUCUGUCACCAAGCUGAACCAUCUGGUGACGGAACAAUUGGUAAGCUGUGGAGUUCCAGCAGUGGGCAUUUCGCCUUUUGGAACCUGGAAAACAGCAUUCAAGAAUGUUAGUGAAGAUGGCAUUGCUGCAGUGAAGGAUGUUUUGCACUCUGGUUAUGUUCCAGUUUUACAUGGUGAUUGUGCCCUGGACUUGGAACAGCACUGCUGUAUUUUAUCCGGAGAUACAAUAACUGAGGUUCUAGCUAAGGAAUUUUCUCCUAGGCGAGUUGUGUUUCUCACAGAUGUGAAAGGAAUUUACAGUUGUCCACCUGACACUCCAGGUGCUAGGCUUGUGGAUUCCAUUAUCGUUGACCCUUCUGGAAAUAUGGAGCCACCUGUGCGCACAUCGGUGGUACCACAUGAUACUACUGGAGGUGUGCUCUCGAAGUUACAAGCUGCUGUGAAUAUGGUUUCCCAGAGCCAUGGAGCCAUUCCAGUUCUGAUCUGCAAACUGGACAGUGAAGCAGCUGAAAGAGCUUGUUUGACUGGAGAAUUGAAGGAAGGUGAGGGCACAACACUUUCCUUCAUGGAAGCAUGAAGAUAUCUCUGCAAGAUUGGGCAGAAGAAGGCACCAGGUCUGUGCUGUUUGGACAUCAGUGCAGACUGUGAUCUGCACGUAAUUCCCAUCGUCAGGUUCAGGUGCCUUACACCCAAUCUUAACUGCACUGUUACUGUGCUACUAAUACUUAUCUUCUCUUAAAGAAACAUGUAAAUCUACAUAGCUCACAGUGUGCUUACAAUAGGCUCCUUGAUAAUACAGACAAUUUUUACAACUCAGGUUUAAUAAGCGAACUAUUUAGUUCAUGGAUGUCUCCUUUUGGAUAAUCUCCUUGGUCCUCAGACGGUUUGUAUGCGAUACCCUGGCCUCAGUGACCUGAGAAAUGUAGAUCCCCUGCUGUCCCAUAUCCAAAUACACUUUGCUUCUCACUCUCCAUCCCUGCCUAAUGUAUGCACUGUUGAAGAGAAUCAUUGCAGCAGCUGAAGACCUUGCCACACAUUUUGUCUUGCAUUACUAUGAUGAUGACGACAACUACUUAUAUACCACUUUUCCACAAAAGAGUUCUCAAAAUAGAUUACAUAGGAAAAAUAAUGAGAUGAUGGUUCCCUCUCCCCAAAGGGCUCACAGUCUAAAAACAAAACAAAAACCAUAAGGUGGAUACCAGCUGCAACCACUGGAGGGCUGUUGUGCUGACAUUGAAUGGGGCUAGUUGCUCUCCCGCUUCUUAAAGAGAAUCACCACUUUGAAAGGUGCCUCUUUGCUCAGUUAGCACCCACCUUACUUGCUGUGUUGCCAAACUGCACGCAUGGAAUUGCCUCCCAUUUUAAAAAGUUAUUUAUAAUGUUUAAUUUACUGAGACCUUCAAGGUGGUUCACAGUAACUUUAAACAUUAAGCCAAUAAACUCACAAAACCUUACUAUCACUAAAAUAAAGAUGCAACAUAAAACUAGUUCCAAAUAACCAAAAUAAGAAUAAGAGUCGGACUAAAAUUAAGAUCAGCUUAAGAUGACUUUAUCACUAUUGUUAUGGGGACUUUAUUCUCACAACAACCCUGUGAUACAGGUGAAGGCGAGGAAGAGUGACUGGCCCAAGGUCUCCCAGUGAGCUUCAGGGUAAGUGAGGAUUUUCAUCCAGGUUUUUCUAGUCCAUGUUCAGCACUCUAUACAGGCUCUCUGUUCAUUCCUGAUCACUUUUCAUAACAUGCAGGUAACCACUUGGAAAAAUUAAUCAUCUGUAGCAUCCAGCCAUGUGGUGAGAUGAAUUUUACUAGGCUACUGUUUCCCUGAACAUCUGCUCAAGUGCAUAAUAUUGGUAAAACAAUUCCUAAUAUGCCCCAACGCUAGUGAUAACGGGGGCCCUAGUUGGUUACAUGAACACCACAAUAAGCAACUAGGAAGUAAGGGUGCAUUGAAGGGUGCAUAUAUUCGCCUUUAAACCUUUUCUAGCAUUUAUGGGACUCUGGAGCCCUGUUCAGACACUGUGUUGAACACUCAUACAAUGAGUAUACAGGUACAGAAAACGUGCAUUUGGUAAACAAACCCCCCUCCCCAAAACAUGGAAUGUAAAUAUUGUAACAAAUAAAUAAAAUGGCAAGUUGUAAGUAAAGCUUGGUAUUUUUGGAAUGAAAGGUGGGGCUUGCAUCUGUAACAGAAAGAACAGACAUCCUCCUUUCCUGUUACAGAUGCAGGUCCCACCAUUCAUGAGGAAGUGCUGCAGUUGAUGGGGAUCUGCGUUGUUCCAUGCCUUGGCCAAAACUCCACUUCUUCAGGGAAGCUGAUACGCUCAGGAAAGAUCAGCUAAAGACCUCGGAAAAGAAGCCGUGAGGUGUGGAUAAGGAAAGCCGGAUUGGGUGUCUGCCCUGCCAAGCUGCUCUUUAUGCAGGGCACUGGUUGCAUUUCAUUUCAGUUUUGUCCCUCACUGUCCCAGUAUCUUUAUGUAUGAGUGUAUUUUAUUUAAUAUGUUCAUAACCCACUUUUUAAAUGGAGUCUUUUUUCAAAGUGGUGAACAAUAAUAUGGUAGAGAACUCCACCACAAAUUUUACAAUAGUUUUUUUUUUUUUAACCCACAAAAAUUAAAGGAGAAAAGCCAAAGGCUGAGUUGAUUUCUGAAUUUCAUUCAGUUCACAUAAAAUAUCUUUGUACAUGGGAUUGUUUUUAUGAUAGUGAAACCUUUCCUAGCAUAAGAAGAUACAAAAAAUUCAAAGAUUCAAAAUUGUUAAAUCCAGCACAGUGUCAAUUUAAAACCUCUUAAAACUCAGCAAUUGAAAGUCAAGUAGAAUUAAAAAAGAAUUCUUAA